AGUCCCUACACCAUCUCACUCUUCCUUCUCCCAAACACUCUAUUUAAUUCCCCCUCUUUCUAUUCCCUUUCUCCUCAUCUCAACUUCUUUCUUUCCCUUGCCUAGAAACCUCCCACAUUUUCCUUCUUAACAUUGUAUUUUGGCUUGAUUUUUGCAGGAAAAUGGUUGAUGUUAAAAUCUUGUUAGUGGCUGUUUUUGCUUUGUUCUCUUCUGGUGAAGCAUAUGGUAGAUAUGGUGGUUAUGGUGGUGGAGGGUGGAUUAAUGCCCAUGCUACUUUUUAUGGUGGUGGUGAUGCUUCUGGCACAAUGGGAGGAGCAUGUGGGUAUGGAAAUCUAUACAGUCAAGGAUAUGGUACAAACACAGCAGCAUUAAGCACAGCAUUGUUUGACAAUGGAUUGGCGUGUGGAUCAUGCUACCAAAUAAUGUGCACAAAUGACCCAAAAUGGUGUCUUCCUGGCACAAUUACAGUCACUGCUACUAAUUUCUGCCCACCAGGAGGUUGUUGUGAUCCUCCUCUUCAUCAUUUUGAUCUUUCUCAGCCUAUUUUUCAACACAUUGCUCAGUACAGAGCUGGAAUCAUCCCUGUUCUUUACCGCAGGGUACCAUGUAGGAGAAACGGAGGAAUAAGAUUUACAAUCAACGGACACUCCUAUUUCAACUUGGUUUUGAUCACCAACGUUGCAGGUGCAGGAGAUGUCCAUGCAGUUGCAAUCAAAGGGUCAAGAACAGGUUGGCAAGCCAUGUCAAGAAAUUGGGGGCAAAAUUGGCAAAGUAACAAUUAUCUUAACGGACAAUCCCUAUCUUUUAAGGUCACCACCAGUGACGGUCGUACUGUUGUGUCCUACAAUGUCGCUCCUCCUAAUUGGUCUUUUGGCCAGACCUAUACCGGUGCCCAAUUCCGUUGAUCAACAAUAUUACCGCCAAUUUCAUUGUGAAAUGAACUUUUUAUCAUUUCACUAAAUUAAUCUCCUAUUAAUCCUCUAUUAUUAUAUAAUUAUAAUUAUAUAAUGUGGUUUUGGGACGUAGAACUAGUAUAUACAAUAAUAUAUAAUGAAAAAUUAUAUUGUUAGUGUGACCGUAUAAUUAAUUAAUUCUAAUAAGAUUUUUAUAUACUAAUUCGUCCUUAUGAGUUUGGCCUAAUUAAUUAUUUUAUGUAAGAGUAAUUUUAUUUAUAUAGGAUAAAUAUUAAAAAAUCGAGGGACUGAGGUUUAUUUAUGUAGAUGAGCAUGACUAUUGAGCUCUUGUCUCUUAUCAAGGUUAACCUUUAUUUAUUGUAACUGUUUGAGACUUGUGAAAUAGAAGUAUGUUUUUCCUUGUA